UUGACGUUAGUUUUCAAAGAAAAUUGUAAUUACAAUUCAUUCAUUGCUGUUUUUGAAUAAUUUCCAAAAAUAAAAAAAAUAAUUGAGUUUAUCGAUUAGAUGAGCAUAAUGGCCUUAUAAUAGUGCACUAACACAGUACUUACUUAAAAACUAAUUGCUUCUUCAAAGUGUGUAUCCAAACACAACCAACAAUAAUAAACUUUAUGAUUAGGUGAUUCACCCAAGUAGUACAGAAUUAAAAUAAUUAGUGAAUAAUAGAUAAGGAUGGCCUCAGGAACUACCUUGCAAAAGGCAAUUGAUUUGGUCACAAAAGCCACCGAAGAAGACAGAAAUAAGAACUAUGAGGAAGCGCUGAGAUUGUACGAACAUGGAGUCGAGUAUUUUUUACAUGCUAUUAAAUAUGAGGCCCAAGGUGAAAAGGCAAAGGAAAGCAUAAGAGCCAAAUGCGUCCAAUAUUUAGAGAGAGCAGAGAAACUCAAGGAUUCAAUUAGGAAGGGCAAAAAAAAGCCUGUACUAGACGGAGGAUCUAAGGAUGAUAAAAAGAGUAGCGACAGCGACGAAGACGACGACGAUCCGGAAAAGAAGAAAAUGUUGGCCAAACUGGAGGGCGCGAUCGUCGUCGAAAAACCGAAAGUCAAAUGGAACGAUGUGGCCGGAUUAGACGCGGCCAAGGAGGCCUUAAAAGAGGCCGUCAUACUCCCAAUAAGGUUUCCACAUUUGUUUAGCGGCAAGAGAGUACCUUGGAAAGGCAUUUUACUCUUUGGGCCUCCCGGUACCGGUAAAUCUUAUCUGGCAAAAGCGGUGGCCACCGAGGCGAACAACUCGACUUUCUUCUCGGUCUCUUCGUCCGAUUUGGUCUCUAAGUGGCUGGGCGAGUCCGAGAAACUCGUGAGAAACUUAUUCGAAUUAGCGAGAACUCAUAAACCCAGCAUCAUAUUCAUCGAUGAGGUGGACUCGCUGUGUUCGUCACGAUCCGAUAAUGAAUCGGAGAGCGCCCGAAGGAUAAAAACUGAAUUUCUGGUGCAGAUGCAAGGUGUGGGUCAUGAUUCGGAAGGAAUCUUAGUGUUGGGCGCGACAAAUAUCCCGUGGGUGUUGGACGCGGCCAUCAGAAGAAGAUUCGAGAAACGUAUUUAUAUACCGUUGCCCGAGGAACACGCUAGGGUGACCAUGUUUAAAAUUCAUCUCGGUAAUACUCGUACGACCCUCACUGAAGACGAUAUCAAGGAGCUGGGUAAAAGAACGGAAGGGUACUCCGGUGCGGACAUAAGUAUAGUAGUAAGAGACGCAUUGAUGCAACCGGUACGUAAAGUCCAAACCGCGACCCAUUUUAAGAAAAUUAGCGGACCGAGUCCCAAGGAUCCGAAUCAGAUUGUGGACGAUCUGUUGAUCCCGUGCUCACCUGGUGACCCCGGGGCCAUCGAAAUGUCUUGGAUGGAGGUCGAUGGGGACAAAUUAGCCGAACCGCCUGUGACAAUGAACGAUAUGUUAAGGUCCUUAGCCACUUCGAAGCCGACCGUAAACGACGAGGAUUUAGUGAAAUUAGAGAAAUUCAUGAAAGAUUUCGGGCAGGAGGGUUAAUUCUGCGCGUUUUUUGGACAUUUUUAAAAAAUGAUCCCUGCUGAUACACCACUAGUUGUUUAGGAAAAUUGCAGUUUAAGAUACUAAGCCGUUUAACUCCGCUGGACAAGCUUAAUUAUUGUAAAUAUUUUAUGGCAUUUAAUGUUAAUUUAAAUUAAAUUUGAUGAUUCUUAAAAAAUAGUAUUUUAAACUGAAAUAUCCAGUUGUAGCGGUAAACCGUUUGAUGUAAUAUUGGCUUUUCUUUACCGUGAAUUUCAUUUUUUUUACUUUAAUGUCUAAGAUAUGCCUUAUUAGUUUUAUUUUGAUUAUAUCGAUAUCGUAAGAACAGUUUAUAUUUGUAUUAAAUAAAAUUAUAUUGUAGCACGUUA